ACAGAUUGAGGUGCGCUCGUGGUGCAGGAACACUGCACGACUCCUCUCUUUCCCACAAUUCACCACGCGCGAUCCUGCGCUCGCUGUCUGUGGUGCUGAAGCGGCGCGUGCUUGGGACUGGAGCACAAACAUACAAUCGAGGUAUCCUCUCGCGGGAUGGUCAGAGGAGCUACGAAGUAGAUAGAAGAAGAGUGUUUUGCAAUUCAGGAAUCCAAGCCAAUUAUUUGUGAUUUUUCAUAUACAAUACAAUUUACAGUAGUCUGAAUUUGGGUAAGCUGUUUUGAUAGCAUAUAGCCUAUUUGCGCUGUACAUGUUAGGUUUUUUACACAGCCUCUCUCUCUAAAUUAUUUCGCUCUCAUCUUUCGUGUUGUUGCCUGCCCGUGUCAGGCGUUCUUUAUGCACAGCAAGCUGCUCCAGUUCUCUCCGAGAAAAUAGACAUUCACGUCGGAACAGCAUGGCCCGGUCCAGUCGCACCCACUGAGAGAGAUGGAAGCCAAGCAGCACUCCCUAAAGAGCCUGAAGAGCUACCCAGAGGCGGGGGGCCGGAGCCUGGCGGCGGUCGCGGGAGACGUCAGUGUUGGAGGAGGGUGUCGUGCCGGCUCGGCACAGAUGGAGAUGGAGGCAAACAUACAGAAAGCCAUUGACUUCAAGGUGGAGGGCCACCGUUGCUACAAGGAGAAGAAAUUCCGGGAAGCGAUAGGGAAGUACCACCGGGCUCUGCUGCAGCUGAAAGGGGUGCAUUUAGUGGAUGGAACCACGGGCUCCGAGGUCAACCUCCUGAGCCAAGCCGCGGUCAAACUGACGGAGGAGCAGCGGAGAACUGUGGAGAUCACGGAGAUCGAGUGCUACGACAGCCUGACAGCGUGCCUGUUGCAGUCCGAGCUGGUGAACUAUGAGCGUGUGAAGGAGUACUGCCUGAAGGUGCUGAGUCACCAAAGGGACCACUUCAAGGCCAUGUACCGCGCUGGCAUCGCCUGCUACCACCUGGGAGACUACGACUGUGCCCUGCGCUACCUGCGUGAUGCCAAGCACCGCGAGCCCUCAGACACAAACGUGCUGCGGUACAUCCAGUUGACGGAGAUGAAGAUGAGUCGGGAGGGCCAGCGGGAGCGAGAGAGCGGCAAAGAGGCCCUGGGCUAAACCUUUGACCUUUUGGCCCCUGUCACUAUGGCCUACUCUAUGACCCAUCCUACAUAUCUCCUCUCUGACCUCCUCUCCUCCUUUAUCGAGCCCAGUCUCAUUGAUGACUAGCCCCAGUGAUGCGCUGCAACCAUGUAAAAGAGCAGGGCAGAAAAAGCCCUGUCUCUCCCCCUCUCUUCUCCUCCUUGUCUUCCCUUCUUCCCCCAGGUGCUGUUGUUCUGUACCCAAGAUGCCGACUGCCAAGCCAACGAAGAAAAAACUAAGCAAAGGGAAAUUCUGUACCAAUUCUCAUACAAAACAGUCAUGGUUGUCUGAAUGGAAGAAAAAAAAAGCGUUAAAAAAAUAUAUAUGAACAAAGAACGUUGCGUAAUUUAGUAGAAGUGUAAUUUUAAACAACAACAAAAAUCAAGUAUAAUUUCUCAUUUUCUUUUUUAGUUGUGAGGACUGAGGAGAGGUCCAGGGUUGGGAAAGGUACCAGGGGAGGGCAAUGGAAGGAGUUUGGGAAGAGGGAGAGGUACACCCUGACCCCGCCCUAUUACAAUGGGGGUCUGAAAGCCACUGACCCAGACUGUCCCUGAGAGAGACUGCCCCCCCCCCCAGCCUCAGCCCGGCUAGAGUACAGAUCAGGCUAGCUAGCACGCUACGUCUCUUGUCUUUUUCAUUAUGGAAUUGUCUCCCUUUGCGCUCAUAUUCAAUCUUCUUUUUUCUGUUGUUUUCAGCUUUUAGUGUCUCGUCUUGAGUUUCUGGACUGUUUUGAAUUCAAGGGCUAAUUCAAGUGUUUGUCAUUUGUCCUUUGAUCGUUUUAACAUUUUUUUUGCUGUUGAUAUUACAUUGUACUUACUACUAUCAGUUGUUCUAAAGCUAAAUGUGUGACCUUUCUCUUUCUAAGCAAAACAAACUAACUCCCCCAACAGGCUUGCUGUUCUGCUGUUAACUGGUGUGUUUUUCUGAACUGGUGUCUUGAAUCUGUUGUCAAAUCCCCCAUGGAAUGUGUGUUGUCAGACUGUUACCCCCCCCCCCCUGCUUCCUAGCUAAUGAUGUCACUAUGGAAAAUAGCCAGUGGGAUUGAGGUUCCAACAAGCACCCAUGGCUGCACAGAGUUCUCUUCUGCUUUCUAUUCCGAAUAUCUACUUCCAGGCCCUUUAUCGCUGAUGCUGAAUCCUCCCAGACAUCAGUGACAUCAUGAGACACUCUUGGCCAGUGUUAGUGCAGGGAAUCCGAUCACAGAUACUGUAUCCUUCUGAAGUGUCUCAACCAUCAACAGGAGUGCGCCAUUUGAGAUUCCCAUUUGAUCGUGUAUAUUUUGAUAGAUAUCAGUGUUCCAAAAAAAAAAAAA